UAUCAACGUUAAAUUAGAUCAUGAACACAUAUCCCCAAAGUUUGAAGAGCGGUUUUGCCGUAGAUGCGCGGCUUCCCCGCCGUUAGGCAGUGUAGAAACGUGUCAUUCUAUGAGCAACGCGACCUCUGUGAUUCAUCCUAGGCCUGCGACUAAGGCUUGCGCUUAAGUUUUCUGUGUCAGUUGCGCAUUUCGUCGAACAUCUGUUGGGCUCAUAACUGAAAACACUUUCUCUGCGUUUGAUGUUUCCGAAUUUCAGGAAGAAUCAAUGAGGCACGCCGCUCUAAUUCUCCGUUACCAUAGCCAUGCAUCGUUCCGUUCUACAGGUUAUUAGAACUAUUUCCCGAGGCACCUUGUAGCUUUUCAAAGGAGGAGUGCUGUGAGCAUCAUUAUUUUUCAUUUCUUCAUGAUUGCCGCUGCAUGGAGGAGGGCAUGUCAGUGUUUAUCAUUAAGAGAAUGGAGUGGUCCUCGAGUAAAUGAAGAUCUUUGGUUUCCUUACAUUAUGCUGCAAAAGAGAUUUUUCUCCACCAGUUUUAAUAGUGUGCAUGGUGAGAGGCCAUCUGCUGAAUAUGCAAAGCAGAGGAAACAGUCUUUGGAACAAGAAUUCGGACACGCACUGGGGACACACAGCUCCAAAAGUGUGUCAAUAGUUUAUCGGUUUGGACCAUUCCUAGCCUUAUUCAGAGCAGCAGUUAUCUCAUACCACGUGUUAAAGUUGUCUGCAUGGCAACUCUUUGUUCAUGAUAUUCACAAACGUGCCACUAAGUUUUGCGAAACUCUAAUUCAGCUUGGACCAUUUUAUAUAAAGCUUGGACAGGCAUUGAGCACUAGACCAGAUAUAUUACCAACCAUAUAUUGUCAAGAGCUUACAAAAUUGCAGGAUCAAAUACCUCCCUUUCCAACAUCUGUCGCAAUGAGAUCUAUUGAAUCCCAGUUGGGUGCUCCUGUUUCGGAAAUCUUUGCCGACAUCAGCGCAGAGCCUAUUGCUUCAGCUUCUCUGGGGCAGGUUUAUAAAGCUCAUUUGCAUUCCGGAGAGCUGGUAGCUGUCAAGGUGCAGAGGCCUGGUAUGUCAUUGUCGUUGACUCUUGACGCAUUAUUGUUUCACAUGAUAGGCGGUCAAUUAAAACGUUUUGCCAAGGCUCGCAAGGAUUUGUUAGUUGCAGUGAAUGAGAUGGUCAGGCACAUGUUUGAAGAGAUAGAUUACAUCUUAGAAGGAGAAAAUGCCGAGAGGUUUGCUUCUUUGUAUGCUUCUCAUCCUGGUGAUGAUAGUCUUGGAAAUAAAUUCCAUGCUACGACUGGGAAUUAUGAGACAAACAGAGGUCAAGGCCUUAUUAGAGUUCCAAAAAUAUAUUGGAAGUAUACUCGUAAAGCAGUGCUGACAUUGGAAUGGAUAAAUGGAAUUAAGCUUACAAAUGAGGAAGCAAUAGCAAAGCUCCAAUUGAAGCGCAAGGACCUUGUUGACCAGGGACUGUACUGCUCUUUGAGACAAUUGCUUGAGGUGGGAUUUUUCCAUGCUGACCCUCAUCCUGGAAAUCUGGUUGCUACAGAUGAUGGAUCUCUGGCCUAUUUCGACUUCGGAAUGAUGGGAAAUAUUCCACGACACUAUCGUGUUGGCCUCAUUCAAGUGCUUGUGCACUUUGUUAAUCGUGACUCACUGGGUCUUGCAAAUGAUUUUUUAUCCCUUGGAUUUCUCCCUGAAGGUGUGGAUAUCCUAUUGGUUUCUAGUGCUUUACAAGCAUCCUUUGGUGAUGGGACCAGGCAAUCUCGAGAUUUUCAGAGCAUAAUGAAUCAGCUAUAUGAUGUGAUGUAUGAGUUCAACUUCUCUCUCCCUCCUGAUUAUGCUUUGGUGAUAAGAGCACUGGGAUCCUUGGAGGGGACAGCUAAAGCUCUAGACCCGGAUUUCAAAGUAGUUGAAAGUGCAUACCCAUUCGUCAUUGGGAGGCUUUUGGCAGAUUCAAGUCGUGAUAUGAGGAAAAUUCUGAGGGAACUGCUUAUUUGUAAUGAUGGAUCAAUAAGGUGGAACCGUCUUGAACGUCUGGUUGCAGCAAUUUCAGAAGAAGCUUUUGACCCUGCAGAGCAGCAUCUUAACUCUAAACAAGAUUCUUCAAAUCCUUUAAGAUGGAAAUCUUUCAACAUGCGAUCUGUUGUUGCUGCUACUGAGGAUCUUCUCAUAUUUAUCCUAUCUGAAAAAGGUCGGAGGGUACGCCUACAUCUCACAAGGGAUGUACUUCAAACAGUGGAUGCAUUCUUGCAGGACGCAGUGGUUGCUCAGAACUCUUAUGAAGAUUUCAAUGAGAGGAAAAGAUCGACAUCUGAGGAACACACAAGAAGGGUAUCAAAUGGCUUUCAAUAUUUCUGGGAGGCAGUGAAGAAGUCUCCAGAAGCAUGGAUUUCUAUGCUAGCUCGUAUGUCAGUAAAACCGGAGUUCCACAGCUUCAUGUUGGAUAUAGCAUCAGUCUUGAUGGAGAAAUCUAGCCGUAAAGUUCCCGAGACAACUUUGAUACAUUUAUCUAAAUUACUUCACGAUUUUGUAGACAGCUCUAAGUCUAACAAUAUAUGAGAUGGUGAGUUAGAUACUAUAGCCUGUAGGGGCCUUAGUUAAACAUGGGAUGGCGAGUUGACUACUGUAUAUAAAAACGCUAUCAAAUGUCGCUGACAUUUUAAGCCAACUACUAAUAUUUCAUCGUUGUAAAGGUCGAGUUUUCGUUCUUUGUGA